AUGUGGAGCCUGCCAAUGUGCGGUGUGGUCAUGACUUGUCCAACUGCGUCCUCGUCUUCCUGCAUGCCGUGUGCAGCACUGCCGGUUGCAACGCCGGCACAGCGUCUCCAGGUUAGCCUCGUGCACACCCUCAAGUGGACAUUAGCUCUGCUGGUGUGCGUAUGGGCCGUUUGCCGACUGCGCCGGGCUCGUCAGCAGCCUCGGCGCAGGCUAAAGGGAUUUCCUGUUCCAGAAGACUACCGAGCAGCCGGUGUGAUCUUCUACACCGUGGAUGAGCUUCAGAACGUAGGACAGAUGUUGCUUGCCGUGGAGGAUCGAAAGGUCAGUUUGCGAGAGCUUGGUGUUGGCUCGGGUUCCGGCCAGAAAAGGGUGCUGCUGUUUCCACAAGGGAAGCGCGAGCAAGAGGAUGCGGGCUUUGUCGCAACGGCACGCCGAGAGUUCAUCGAGGAAACAGGUGAUCCCACGAGUCUUUCUGGGUAUUUGGAAGGGAACGCGCUGUCUACGUGGUUUCCAGCAGCGAAAAUGGGCGUGGUAUUUUGCGAGGUUCCGGCGAGUGCAGCUGAGCCAUUCAGCCAAAGAGCACCUGCGCCACAGCCACGCCCCCGGCGCCAGCAACCGCGACAGCAGGAAAAGCAAAGCCAGCAAAAGAAACCCUGGCCCUUGCAACCCGUCUGGGUCGAUGUUUCCUCGCUCCGCAGUGCUUUAAAAUCAAGCACAGGCCAAGUGGCAACGACUAUCGGACUGUUCCACCUGUUUCCAGUGACAAGGAAAUUCUUCUUGCUCGAUGAGGUCAGUGACUGGCUAGGCAUUUCACGUUCUCGCCGCAAGUGA